CUAGUCUGUGGUGACGUCACACGAGGACGGUAAGCGAUAAGGAUCAAGUGCUGCAUCUAAGCUGGAAGCGACGCUCGUCUGUUUUCUACUCAUCACGCUUUAAAGUCUGCUAUUUUUUCCCUUACUAAAUUUUUUUGUUUUAUUUUAUUUCCUGGGCUGUGGUGUAACGUCCAAAGAUGAUCAUGGACAUUGGGCUGACUGGAAAGAACAUUCAUGUGAUAAAAGUCAACUACGAAGAAAACCUCCGUGUGGGACCACUAGCUCGCCGAUGUUAGCAUUGAGGAUGGAAGACAUCGGGGGAUGCUAACCUGCGCUCGCAAUGACUUAAAACCUUUUUUUUUUUUUUUUUGAAAGAUCCAGUGAAAAUAUAACGCCUGCUUUUAUCUACACCUAAACCGUGGUGGUUGUGCCGACAGGAUGAGGAACUGUGAGUAUCAGCAAAUCGACCCACUUGCUCUGUCGGUGUCGCCCGCUUUGUCACACAAGCACACCGGCAAGAAAGCGGAACGUCCACGAAGAAAAUGGGAAGUGUUCCCUGGGAAGAACCAGUUUUUCUGCGAUGGACGGAUCAUGUUCGCCAGGCAGAGCGGCGUCCUCCCUCUGACCCUAAGUCUUAUCGUUGUCACCUGUGGCCUUUUCUUUGCUUUCGAUUGCCCGUUUCUGGUACAGCACCUGACCGUCUUCAUACCUGUGAUUGGAGGGGUGCUUUUUUUAUUCGUGGUCCUCUCCCUGCUGAGAACCAGCUUCACAGACCCAGGCAUUCUACCCAGGGCCACCCCGGACGAAGCAGCAGAUAUAGAGAAGCAGAUCGAUACCUCAGGAUCUUCCACGUAUCGCCCUCCUCCGCGGACGAAGGAGAUCCUCAUCAACCAGCAUGUGGUCAAGCUCAAGUACUGCUUCACCUGUAAAAUGUUUCGCCCUCCUCGGACGUCGCACUGCAGCCUUUGUGACAACUGUGUGGAGAGGUUUGAUCAUCACUGCCCAUGGGUGGGCAACUGUGUGGGCAGGCGUAACUACCGCUUUUUCUAUAGUUUCAUCAUCUCUCUUUCUUUCCUGACAUCCUUCAUAUUUGGCUGUGUCAUUGCCCACAUUACCCUGCGUUCUCAAUCGGGUAAAAGCCUCAUCCAAUCCAUCCAGGAAAGUCCUGCCAGUUUGGUAGAGCUGGUCAUUUGUUUCUUCUCCAUCUGGUCUAUUCUGGGCCUAUCAGGCUUCCAUACCUACCUCGUAGCCUCCAACCUCACAACAAAUGAGGAUAUCAAGGGCUCCUGGUCGAGUAAAAGGGGUGCAGAAGAGUCUGGGAACCCGUACACCUACAACAGCAUGCUCGCCAACUGCUGUGUGACGUUAUGUGGGCCUAUGCCACCAAGUCUGAUUGACAAGAGAGGCUUCCUGUCGCCUGAGGAGUCUGUCCCCGCUGCUUCUGCCUUGGAGAUCGAGCUGCCUCCUUUUGCAGCCAAGAACGACAAACACAUGUGCACACAGAGCACCAAAGAUGUGCUCGAGAGGAUACUCAACUCCUCUGACUUUCCCGGCCUUUGCUUUCCUGGUACCCUCAAAACAACCCCCCUGGGCCUGGAGGCUUCCAGCUCCGCAGCGACGCCCACUCAGCCGUCACCCACAAUGGGGUGCCCACGGGCGACCACGGCCAACCCUUGCUCUCCGCUUGCCAGGAACGACUCGAUGCACUCCAUCAACCCAGCGUUCCGUUUGGCAUCACCUUCGCCUUCACUUGGUCGCGCGCCGCUGACUGUUGCCGGCACAGCUGAUGUCGGGUUUAUCCCGCUCCCAUGAAGGGUACUCGUCUUACUUUGAAGGACUGAUAGGAGCUUUUUUCUCCUGCCGUUUUUGGUACUUUGGCAUAGAGUUUAGUAAAAGCACAAUAUUUAUUUACACUUUUGAUCCAGACACUCCACACUAGCCAUGGAGGGAGGUUAUUGUUUAAUUUCCCUGCUCAUGUUUUAUGCAAACAGGCCCUCAAAUCUGUGAACAAAUUGUGAUUGGCAGUUCAAACAGGUUUUAGUGGUUUCCAACCUUUUCAUCAGUGGUGUCAUCACAUGUAAUUACUUGACAUGUUAGCUAAUUUUGCCCUCGUAGGAAACAGUAACAGGGGACGUUUCAAACCAGGUCAAAAAGUGAGCCAUUUGUGAAUUUGUUCUAUUGCAGCGCCUUGUUUUUAAUAUUCUGUUUGACCUGCAAACUCAGACAAAUGUGUUUCUGUUUAAACUUUGCACUUCACUCAAGGCUUGGCCAGCAAUAUUCUAUUUUUGCAAUAUUUUUCCAACAAUAUCAAAAGUCGAUAUAGUGGUGAAAAACAUAUACAAAACAUAAUAUUUAUGUAACUGAAAAAAGUAAACCCAUAGAUCAUUAUUUACAUACAGCACAGACCAAAAAAUUGGACACACCCAUUUCAUUCAAUGCGUUUUCUUUAUUUUCAUCACUAUAUUGUAGAUUGUCACUGAAGGCAUCAAAACUAUGAAUGAACACGUGGAGUUAUGUACUUAACAAAAAAAGGUGAAAUAACUGAAAACAUGUUUUAUAUUCUAUUUUCUUCACAAUAGCCGCCCUUUGCUCAGAUUACUUUUUCGCACAGUCUUGGCAUUGUCUUGAUGAGCUUCAAGAGGUAGUCACCUAAAAUGGUUUUCACUUCACAGGUGGGCCUGAAUCUCAUCAAGAGAAUGCCAAGAGUGUGCAAAGCAGUAAUCAGAACAAAGGGUGGCUAAUUUAAAGAAACUAGAACACAAAACAUGUUUUCAGUUAUCUCAAAUGUUUUUGUUAAGUACAUAACUCCACAUGUGAUCAUUCAUAGUUUUGAUGCCUUCAGUGACAAUCUACAAUGUAAAUAGUCAUGAAAAUAAAGAAAACGCAUUGAAUCAGAAAGUGUGUCCAAACUUUUGGCCUGUACUAUACAAAAAACAUUUCUGUCAUAAGUUUACCAUAAAUUAAAUGUUUUAUUCAUCACUGUAUAUCCCUAGGAAGGCUGAAAAGGGAACCUAAAUAGUCAUAAUGUGACAUUGGACUGUGAUAAUAUAAAUACUUGAUCCAGUAAUGGUACAAAACUUGAUAUAUUAAUGAAAAAAAACCAUCCAAGAUACAUUGCGUUUGUCUAUGUUACUAACAAAGAAAAUAAAUGCUUUGCACUUUAAACAUACAAAACAUUACCAUACAGAAAUACUUUUCCAUGGAUAUAAAGUCCAAUGAAAAGUUUGCAGGUUUAUUAAAUUUUUAUAAUGAUAUUUUUACACUGUUGAAAGGCUAAAGGUUUAAUAUCACAAGGUGACAGACUGCAAUCAUAUUGAUGGAGUUGUACGAUAUAUCACAUUUUUAACAUGGCAAGAUGUAUUACAAUGUUUGUUGCGUUUAAUUUGCGUUAAACUACAAGUAAGAUAAACCUGUAUCAGCCUGCUGGGAAGGCAGCAUAUAUUGCUGACUCGGUUUCCUGUUCAGUGAAAGUCUCUCAACCUUUUUUUUCUCGCUUUGGGGCUGCAAUGACAGCUUGAAAUUUGCUGUGGGCGUUUAAGUGCAGGUUUCUAUUGGCUCCCGGCAGUGGUUAUGUUUUCGAAAUGUGGAUGAGACGAUACCAUCACUCGUCUUUUUAAUGUCUUUUCCUGUUUUGCAGAGUGAAACGUGACCUGGUGAACUCUUAAUUAUGCCACCAGGGGGCAGACUCUGAACUCAAAUAGACUUAGUUGCAAAAGUAGAUCUAAAAGGCCUUUUGGAGUUGUAUUUUUUUGUUAGUGGGCAUUAACGCUGCAGGUAGAUUUUGACUCACUGUCUGCGUUGUGUCGACAAAUACGAGCGGAGCUUGUAUUAAAACAAUUUUUUUCUAGGCAAUGUCACAGUGGAGCUGUAAGAUUUGUUCAAUAAAAUUUAUACAAUGA